AUGGAAGACCCGACUACGAGUCCAAAGCCCAAGGGCCAUACCCGAACUUCGACUCGAUCCGACGACUUCCCGCAGCCUUCAGACGCCGCCCCUGGGAUUUGUCGAAUAUGUCGAGGCGAAGGAACACCGGAGGAACCCUUGUUCUACCCGUGCAAGUGCAGUGGUAGUAUCAAAUAUGUUCACCAAGAUUGUUUGAUGGAAUGGCUCUCACAUUCGCAAAAGAAAUACUGUGAGCUUUGUAAAACGUCUUUCCGGUUCACCAAGCUAUACGCUCCCGACAUGCCUCAGUCCCUGCCAGUGCAUAUCUUUAUUGGUCAUAUGACAAGGUAUCUUUUACAAAAUGUUCUCGUUUGGCUUCGUGGAGCCAUGGCCAUCAGCGUGUGGCUUUGUUGGUUGCCCUACUUUAUGAGAACGGUGUGGUCCUUCAUGUUCUGGAUUAGCGACGAAGGGUUCGGCAACUCUCCAACAGCAUAUGAUACCAAUGGUACCCUGGCGUCCAGCUCUGGAGCCCAUCUUUCCUCUUCAGCUUUGGAUGCCGAUACAUGCCCUUCAAGCCCCUUAUUUGCGCCCACGACCACAUCAGCUGCCGCCAAGGCCUUGUUCGAUGGCUUAUCGGAUCAGAACAUUAGCGAUUUUCUUGUACGGGUUUUCCUGGGAAGCUGGGGCAUGUCAAGCAAGUCCGACCGACCUGAUGCAUCUUUGGAGGCUGCCAACGCGAAUGGAUCCGGAUCUGCAUCUAUCCCACCAACAUUACUGGGUGAAGUGGCUUUCCUAAACAAUCUUACCCGCAAUCCAACAAUCAACCGAGCAGUAAUUUCAGUCCUGGAGGGUCAAAUUAUCACUGUCUUGGUCAUUGUCUGCUUCAUCCUCGUUAUCUUGGUUCGGGACUAUGUCGUUCAACAACAACCAGAGAUGAAUAUGCGUGCAGCGUUUGCAGCCCCUGAAAACCCUUUGGCACAGCAAGAACCAAUGCUUGUUCGACCUGAGGAUGUGGAGGAUUUACCAGGUCCAGACGAGUCAGAUGACGAGACGCUUGAUACCGGAGAGCCCAUCGCUAAUGAUGUCGACUUCGCUGUCGAGGUCCAAACCGAAACACGCCGACGUAGGUCAACAAACUCUGGGCUCGUGCUUCCCGAAGGUCUAACGGAAGUUGUGCCUUCUGGGUCAAGUGGUGCUGAGGCCAAUCUGCCUACGGACAUCAACCCCUCUGAGGAGCGUGCCAGUGUGUACGAUUACUUGCGUAUCUAUCGCGAGGCCGACGGCGAUCAUGAGAGGAUUCUGGAGAUAAUCCAUGAAGAAGGACUUGAAGUAAAACUCGCCUACUGGGUUGACAUCACCCGACGGGCUUUUGGCGAGCGGGAUGCCAAUGUACAGCCUGGCGAGAAUUUAACUCAGGGGCGUAUAGGGAGCUCUGGCUCUACUGCCGCCAGCUCUUCCAGAAAGGCUUUUACUCCCGGUUCAGACGAAUUUCCUACACCCCUGGAUGCACCUGGCGAAUCUUCCUCCAGCAAAGGCAAGGAAAAGGAGACUACGCCAUUCUCCUCCAACUUGGAGUUUAUUACGACUCCUUUUGACUCUGAACCGCAGCCAAGUGCUUCCCGGCCUCGCGCUAUUUCUGAUGGCCCUCAGCUGCAAGAUUCCGUAAAUCCUUUGGCGAACAACAGCUGGUCAUUUGCUGGUCUUCCUGUUGAUACACAAGAUGAACAGCCAUCUGAUGGAAACCGCAAUCCCCGAUCACCAUUUUCACCCGCACAUGUUGAGAGAAUGAUCCGAGACGAUGUUAGUCUAUCAACCGGACCUACCGCCUCAUCUAGCCAGAGGGAACACGAUGACGACCUCCGUUCACUGGGCCGAACUGAGUCAUAUGAAUCACUUCACUCGGAAUUGCCAAGACCCCAACAAGUUGACACUGACGCUGUAGUCGAAGAAGAGCGACCUGCUGGCUUGGUCAAUAGGGUGACUGAUUUCAUGUGGGGCGACCUGGACGACGUGCAACAAAAUAGACAGCCCGCACUAGCAGCUGAGGCUGGCGAGUUUGCUGCCCAACUUGACGACACAGAUGGCUGGGAAACCGAGCUUGAAGACCUUCAUCCAGAAGUCGCACCUCCUGAGCCUGGUGUAGCCGAGAAUCCCGAAGAACCUGAGAAUGUGGCUGAUCCCCCCGAUGUUGGUCUUGACCAAGAAGCUAUGGAAGACCUGGAAGACUUCGAGGGUGUCAUGGAGCUCAUCGGUAUGCGUGGCCCUAUUGCUGGGCUUUUCCAAAACGCCAUUUUCUGUGCGGUCCUUGUCUCUGUGACAAUCUUUGCUUGCAUUUUUGUUCCUUACAAUUUCGGACGUGUCAGUGUAUGGAUUCUUGCCAAUCCCAUGCGCCUUGUUCGUUUGAUCUUCGAGUUUUCAAAACUUUUGCAAGAUGCAGCUGUCAUGGCUAUCGGAUUCGGUCUGUGGGUUGUCAUCAACCUUGUCGAUAUGUUUACAGGCAUCAUUGGAGGCUUUAUUGGCGCUCAAGUCUUGACGGCGAGGAAGGCCUCAUGGGCCCUCUGGACUACCGCCGGUUCCCGAGUUCUUGAUUACACUUUUAUGGAGAUCCCCAUGUCUGCUGCAGAGAUGCAGAACUUUUCCGCUAUCAGCCACAGUGCACUCCUCUCUGUCAAAAGCCACAUCGGCACAGUCUUUACAAUCAUCAGCAAAACCUUGGGCUUCAUACUCAGCGGUAGAUUCUUGAGCAGCGACCUCUCCAUCGAAGACACAACUUUGGCAGUCAACACCGCCUGGUCCAAGGUGGUCGCUCUUUCGUCUGCGCUCCUCAAACCUAACUCAUGGGUCAUCAAUCUUGGCGAGUCCGAUGGACCCCUUACUGUUAACCCUGAGCUGGCCCAUUGGUCUGGCCUGGAUCGAUUCUGGGCUAUCACAGCAGGCUAUGCAACAUUGUUUUUUAUGGGUGCGCUCUAUCUCAAGCGUGGAAGUCCAUUCUCUCGAGGGCACAUUCUGCAAGCUUGGGAAGCUGGUAUCAUUGAUACUCUGCACCAAGCUAGUGGCAUCAUGAAAGUCAUUAUGAUCAUCAGCAUUGAGAUGCUUGUUUUCCCACUCUACUGUGGACUGCUCCUGGAUGGUGCCCUGCUUCCCCUGUUUGAAAAUACGACCUUCAAGUCUCGACUCCUUUUCACUUACAACUAUCCUCUCACUUCGGUCUUUGUUCACUGGUUCGUUGGUACUGGAUACAUGUUCCAUUUCGCACUGUUCGUGUCUAUGUGCCGCAAAAUAAUGCGCCAAGGCGUUCUCUACUUCAUUCGUGACCCUGAUGAUCCCGAGUUCCAUCCGGUGCGUGAUGUGCUAGAGAGGAACCUGACCACUCAAUUGAGGAAGAUUCUCUUCUCGGCUUUCGUUUAUGGUGCGCUGGUCAUCGUUUGUCUGGGAGGCGUCGUAUGGGGUCUCUCUUACGCGGUUCCUGGAGUUCUUCCGGUCCACUACUCAUCUAACGAACCAGUGCUUGAGUUUCCUGUGGACCUUCUGUUCUACAACUUCCUCAUGCCGCUUGCUGUUAACUUCUUCAAACCCGGUGAUGGACUCCAUGCCAUGUAUACCUGGUGGUUCAGAACUUGCGCAAGAGGCCUGCGACUCACUUAUUUCCUUUUCGGCGAAAGAAAGCUUGACGAAGAAGGAAGCCUUCAGCUUGGAAAUGCUCGUAGAAAGCAGGAUCUGCCGUGGUACAAGACUCUGUUCUUGGAGCUGAGUGAUAGGUAUCACGUUGUACCCAAGACCUGGACCGACUUCUUUGAUGGGGGUGAUGCUAAGCCCAAGACACCUCUUAAUAACAGCGAGAUUCGCUCGCUCACUCGCCACAAGAACCACCUCAAAGAGGCAAACCAGCUCGUUGAGAGUGGACAUUUCGUCCGGGCACCCGCUUCCGACCGUGUUAAAAUUCCUAAGGGUAGAAAGGUUUUCCUGGAAGUGGAUGAACAUGGCCGAAGGAACGACGGUCAGGACGAUUCUGACCUUUACGCCAGCAACCAAUAUCAGAUGGUCUAUAUCCCACCCCACUUCCGAGCGAGAAUCUUCCUCUUCAUCCUGUUUAUCUGGAUAUUUGCGGCGGUCACAGGCGUUGGCUUUACCAUCAUUCCGUUAGUGUUUGGUCGACGAAUGUUCAAGAUGCUGAUCCCGCAACAUAUCCGCACAAAUGACAUUUACGCAUUCAGCAUUGGCGUUUAUCUGCUUGGGACUGCGGCCUAUUUGGUCUUUCAUCUUCGCAGUGUGUAUACCAAGAUCAAAGACGGGCUCUCCGCUGUCCGUGCAUCGCUCACUGCCGGUGAUCUUGAGCGACGAACUGCUACGGUUAUGCUGCAGGGAGUUAAGUUGGUCUAUACCUACUUUUUCCUUUACAUUGUUUUCCCGUUGUUGGUCUCAGGGCUUAUGGAGCUGUAUCUUGUGCUCCCUCUGCACACCUACAUGCAUCCUCCUACUGCAGCAUCUGUUCAGGCAUCCAGAGAGGGCGCAUCUGAAGCCAGUCGUCAUACCGUCCGUGUCAUCCAAGCCUGGACGCUUGGUCUGUUGUAUUUGAAGCUCGGAGCUCGAAUGAUUACAGCCAUGUUCCCAGAGAGUCGCCUUGCCAAUGCUGUUAGGACGGUAACACGAGGCGGCUGGAUGCACCCCGAUGCUAGUGUCUUGACCCGAGCUUUCGUCCUACCUGGCUUGGCGAUUGCUGGGGCUGCCAUUUUUGGACCUCCAGCAAUUGCUAGUACUUUUAUCAAGUACAAUUUGAUCCAGGGUGCCCAGCCUGGAGAAAAUGAAUUGGUGGAGGCUGCACGACUUGCAAUUAUUUAUCGACAUUCCUACCCAGCUGUUGCAUUAUUCGCACUGCUGAUCAAGAAUACCAUUGGCUUGGUAAAGGUAUUUAACGGCUGGACCGCUCGCAUCCGCGAUGAGGCCUACCUUAUUGGAGAAAGGUUGCAUAAUUUCGGUGCCGCUGCUGCAGGAGCGGGAAGGGUUAGAGGCGCAUGGAGAGCUGGAGGGGCAAGGCUAUGA